AUGGCUAGUCAACGAUGUGACUCGUGUGGCGAACAUCAAAAUAAGCCAUCCAAGCCUGUAGUUCACCCAUGGAUGCUACCAGAGAAGCCAUGGAGCCGCUUACACAUGGAUCAUGCCAUCAACUUCAUGGGUACAAACUGGCUGGUGAUCACAGACGCUUUCUCACAAUAUCCAUGUAUUCAUUCAACGUCAUCCACAUCCACUCUGAUGGAAGAGGACUUCGCUAACUUCGGAUAUCCUCACACGCUGGUCACAGAUAACGCAUCAACUUUCAUUCCUGAAGAAUUUCAGAGCUGGUGCAAAGAACGUGGGAUCACAAACCUGACAUGA